UUUUGGGUAAUCCUUCCUUUGUUUGUUCAUAUUGUGAUAUGAUGUUCAUGCGUGUCUCCUCCAAUGUCCAUUGCUUGAAUUCGGAAAUUGAGGAGGAGAUAAAGUGGUUUCAGCUCAUUCAUUCGAGUUGGUAAACAAGAAAACAUAUUGCUGAUCUGAGUGAGGCCUUUCCAGUUAGUUCUCAAGAAGAGCUGUUUUCUGUAUCCUGGAAAACUGGAAAACAUUGAAAGCCAUUCAUUCAUCACACUAAUCUCUGGGCAGUCUCUGAAACUGAAAAUAGAGCCCCUUGGCCAUUGAAACUCUGCGCGCGCUCGCUCUCGUUCUCGCGCGCGUGUGAGAUUCAGAUUCAACUCGAAGGUUUGCAGAGUGAAUACGAUCACCCGAGUACUUCGCCUCAUAAGACGAGUUCUUUUCAGCUGCUUCAGGUGAAAAUGCUGUGCUCUUGCUCUGGUGAGCAAUUCAAGUUCGAAGAGCCCCCACAAUCUCCGGAGUCGUUAGCCACUCGUGACUUCUCUGCCAGUGGACUUUCCUCGAGAACCGGUGACUGGGAAUCUAAGUUUGAUGACACCCAGGUCGACGAAGUCGAGUCUUCUCUCAGAGAGGCUCUUUCCUUAAACUACGAGGAAGCAAGAGCCUUGUUGGGGAGGCUAGAGUGUCAAAGAGGGAAUUAUGAUGCCGCCCUUCAGGUGUUUCAAGGGAUCGACAGUCAGGGCUUGUCUUCUAGAAUGACAAGGGCUAUUUACGAGAGGGUCCGACGGAGGAAGCCUCGUAACAAAGCCAUCAAUAAUGUUCCCACUAGUGUCAUGUCAAUGCAUUCUGUAAGCCUCCUUCUCGAAGCAAUACUACUCAAAGCUAGAUCUCUAGAGGGACUUGCGCGUUACACAGAGGCUGCAAAAGAGUGCAAGAUGAUCUUGGAUAUUGUCGAGUCGGCACUCCCCAAUGGGUUGCCCGAGGGUGGUGCUGAAGAUUGCAAGUUGCAGGAGAUGUUGCACAAGGCACUAGAGUUGCUCCCUGAACUCUGGACAAGGGCUGGGUCCCUAGACGAGGCCAUAGUCGCUUAUCGGAGAGCUCUUACCAAGCCAUGGAAUUUGGAUCCUGAGAAACUGGCAAGCAUUCAGAAAAAGUUGGGGUCAAAUCUGCUCUACGGUGGCGGUGGGAUUGAAACGAGUCACAAAGCAGCGGGCCUGAGAACUACCGAAAAUAACACGGAGGAAGCUAUACUUCUGUUCUUGAUUCUCAUGAGGAAGGUGGCUCUUGGGCAGAUAAAAUGGGACGAAGAAAUUAUGGACCAUUUAAGUUACGCACUAUCAAUCACGGGACAAUACGAGUUAUUAGCAGAGCAUUUUGAGCUUGUUUUGCCUGGUGUAUAUGAUCGAGCGGAUCGGUGGUAUUAUCUUGCGCUCUGCAAUGCUUCUUCAGGUCAGAACGAAACAUCCAUUAACCUUCUGAAGAAGGUUUCGGUCCCAUCCGAGGCAAAGCGCAGGCCUCAUCUGCAUUCUUCUCUUCUAGGUGCAAAGUUGUGUUCCGAAGAUCCAAAUCAUGCGCGUGAUGGGAUAAAUUUUGCCCGUGGAUUAGUCAGCUUGGGUGAUAGUAAGAUGAAGCAUUUCUUGGUCCAAGCCCAUAAGUUACUUGGACAAUGCUACGGGCAAGCGGCAAGAAUCUCUGUAUCAGACUCCGAGAGGGUUCGAUACCAGAAAGAGGCUCUCAGGUCUCUUAAUGAAGCAGUUCUUGAAGGGAAAGAGGAUCCUCUAAUAAUGUAUAGCCUCGGGCUUGAGAACGCAGUCCAGAGGAAUCUCGAUGUAGCUUUUGAUAGCAUGAUGGUGUGCUCAGAUAUGGUCGAGGGCAACUCAGGGAAAUGUUGGAAGUUAAUUUCCCUCAUACUCUCUGCAGAGAAGCGGUUUCCUGAUGCCAGAGAGAUUGUAGGUUUCCCUCUGAAUAAGGUUGAAAGGCUUGACCAGCUUGAGCUUUUAAGUGGAUAUGGGUCUAGAUCUGUAUAAAUUCAAUGAAAAUUUAAUAUGGUAUCAGAGCGCAGGUUACGCGUAGCGCGCCCACGCGAGUGUGCGCACCUACACAGCGCCAAGCCCAAUAUGUCUGAGUGCAGCUAAGAGUGCGCCUCGUGUUAGUC